AUGGACACGUCUCCUCGCGGCAGGUCGCCGUUCUCGGUAACCACGGUGGGAGAGUCGCCCGAUGGCAAGAAAACCACAGGAUCUGCUGGAUCUGCUACCGACGAGGAGUGGAUGCACCCGUCGAUUCCGUCUCCAGACACACCUGUGAUUUUCAUUCCGUCUCCCAAAGGCCUGGUUGUUGACUGGUCAGCCAUGCCGCUGAGUCCGGAGACACCCACGAAGGCCAUCGCCAGUGCCGAGAAAUCCAUGAAGAACGAGGCGAUGGUGUCGAAAGGCCUGGUUGCUGACUGGUCCGCCAUGCCGGCGAGCCCAGAGACACCCACGAAGGCCAUCGACAGCGCCGAGAUAUCCGUGAAGACUGCAAUGGCGUCGACGAGCCGUGGACCGGCCCCGGAGAUUGAGAAGAUCACAGACGAGCUCCUCAAGACUCCCGAGAGAAAGAACAGAGGUCUUCCGGGAUCUCCUUAUGAGUACACCAAGAAGGCUCUUCAUCGUGCUGCUGUACAUGAUCAUGCCGAGCAGGCGGCCCGAGUCCCGCUCGCCGCCCUCGAAGCUGGCAUCCCUGUUAAGAGUGAAGAGCAGGCACUUGCUAUGAACACCGUAGUCAGUGAUCUCGUUCGCGCCCACGUCCGAGAGCCGUGGCAGUGCUUCUGGGCGGAUGUGAUCCACGAGUUGGAGGAGAAGCAAAAGGGGUCCGCGAAGAAGCUCUUUGCAACUUUGCCAGGGCCAGCACGUAGCCAAUAUGUGGAGGUGUCGCUUGCUGAGCUCUAUGCUGUUAUGCAACACUCCCGCUCGGGCGACGGCCGUCCUUGGCACUUCCUGGAUCAUGUGAGCAAGCGGCAGUGGCUACCGACUUCCGUGAGUGACCUUAUGGAUGUGGCCCCGCCCUCCUGGCGCCCUGCAGUGCUGCGGUUUGGAUGGAAUGACCACAAGCAUCCACAGAAUGUCAAGCACUGCCCUUUCCCGGAUCUCGAGGAGGAGCUGCAGGAGGCCUUGCAGUCUAUCUGCCGUGCACUCCCGGAUGAGCCUUGGGUCGAGAGCAUGCUGUCUGUGCACGGACAGUGCCUGGCAGCUGCAGUGAGCGAGACUUCCAAGCGUGCCAUUGAGUCUAGCGAGUCCAUGAAGGAUGCACAGCAGCCAAUCAAGGUGAUGAAGUCUGAGCCAGGCCAAGCUGCAACAGUCCGUGUGAAGCUGGAGCCGGGAGCAGGGCUUGCAAUCGCCAAGAAGCUGCUGGCAGCAUAUCCCUACCGAGACAUCACUGCUAGUCUUCUAGACCUAGGUCAGGUGCUUCGAGGUUGCUUGUCCGUGGCUGGGAAACACUUCGGAAACUCUUGGCCAGGGCAGCUCUGCAUUGGCAGCUGCGGUGAUGUUCAGUCGUGGAGGGGCCAGGAGUCCAGGAACCUGGCGGGUGUGCUGUACUCCGAAAAUCAUUGGGCCCUCUUGUGCAUCUUCAACGGCAGGGCCCUUGUGUAUGACGGGUUACGCAACAGCACCUGCUACGAUCAUGCAGUUGCCUUCGUCAAGUACUGGGAGGAGCUCGGGCACGUUGUUGCUGCACCUCUUGCUUUUGCGGCCUGCACUGCUCAGCCUGAUCAGUGGUCUUGUGGACACCGAGUUGUGCUGCACCUGGAUUCGGUGCUGCAAGCCUUGCAAUCCACCGGAUGUAUGCCAGAGGCCGUGCAGGUCUCUGCAAGCCAAGUGCAGGGCUUCGUAUCCAGCUUAGGUCCCGCAGCUCCGGCGAGUUCGCAUGCCAGCUCAAAGCCAAGCAAGCCAUCAGUGCCGGCGAGCUCCACGAAGCAGUCCGCAGAGCCCUCCACUCCUGUGCGAUCCGGCAAACGCCCUGCCGCUGACUCUGUCGAGGCAGAUCAAAGGAUGACACCUCCCAGACCGGAUCGUCCUAGGUCCUCUGCUCUGCAGGCAUCUCCCGCAGGCACAGAUGCCAGCACGCCUCGCCAGGUGGUACAGAAGACAAGUAAGAAGGCCCGCAAGUCUGCCAAGGUGCAGGCCGAGAAGCCUUUGUCCAAGGCCAAGCUACGGGAGAAAGGGACCGAUCUAGCCCGGCAGGCUCACAUAGAUCAUGCUCUUUUCCAACGAGAGCACUAUGCUCACGGGGUGGAAGAGACACCGGGGCACUGGCGUAACUUGCUUAUGGCCACAGCAGCUCCGGAUGAGAUCUUGAGGCCUCUCACUUGUCAUGUGUGUAUCAGGUUGAGGCAGCGGAUGCUGCAGAUGGGGACAGGGCAGGCAGAGGCAGCAGCUUCCGGCUGCGCCGCAGUGGUGCCUGCCGAAGCGGAUGCGGAGACUAACCCACCGGCCUUGGGUCCCGAAGUUCAUCACAGAGGCAGGCCCAAGGCAGGGGAGCAUCGCUGGAGGCUGGCAGCUUUCAUCCGUGAGAAGAGGAGCCAGGUCUACACACAGACUUCCCAGAGCUGGUCUAAGCAGGCCGUGUACUACUGCCGAGCAUGUGAGGUCGAGAAGAAAUUCUGCAGUCACACAUGCAAAAAGAAGGUCGAUGAUCACGAAAGGAGUCGUCGGCAUCGUAAUGGUCUGCGACGCCUCGGCAUUCCCUGCAUCAGGUCGUGGCCUUGGUCGCCCACGAUGCCGCCAAGCCGCAGUCCCAGGAGUAUCGGUGCCAAGGAGUCUCCUGGAAACGACAAAACUUUGUCCUUGCAUCCCAUUGUGGACUCCGUAGUCAACUACAUCCAAGCGGGACAGCCAAGCCUGAUAGUUGCCCAGGGCGAGCAGGAUCCCAUGGCGGAUGCUCUGUUUGUUCAUUGUGGAGAGACUGUCUUUGUGAAGUCCAAGCAGUGCAAGGGGCAUUGCCGACGAGUGGACGUUGCUUGCACAACAUGCCUCACCUUGUGUCGAAAGAAAGCUUUUCGAGUGUGCCUCGCCUCGAGAUCGUAUCAGGUGGACUUGGCUCGAUAUGCACACGUGCUCUUCCAUGCCAGCGAUUCUGACAUUCGUGCCGUCGAGGAGCUCAUUCGGGGCAGGGACUACAUGCUCUUGGAGCUCAAGGGCGAGGACUUCGACAACAUCGCCGCCGUGCCCAGCAAGCUCGACCGCAUCCGCCUGAUCCGCAAGCGCUUCAUGCACAUCCCAUCUUGGAGGAUGUCCCCGGCUUUCCGGACCUUCAUGGAGGUGCGCCUGCCCAAGACGCCAGAGUACUGCAACCAAGACUCCCAAGCAGCGGCCCAUGGUGCCCUGGUUCGGGCCUUGGGUGAUGGGGUGGCCGCCGGCCGCCUGCAUGCGGCUGACCUUCAGCUCGGAGCUCUCGUGGCCACGGGAGCUCUGCGGAGCGACGCUUUGGUACAUGGCUUGGUCAGUAGCUUUCUUCACACAUUAGAGGGCUCCUGGAAGAACAGCAGGCGCAAGAGAUCGGGAUCGCACAUCGACGAGGCUGCCAUCAUGGAUGCUGUCCAGACACUUGGCCGAGGUGCCGAGCUCCAUGCAAUGCUAGACAGGUUCAGGGUCAACCCCGAUGUCGUGAAGCGUGUCAACCUCGCCAAUCCGGCCUUCCCCGACAGCUUCAUGUCUCUGACGAGGCCAGGUCAGCUCAAGGAUGGCUUCGUGAGGGUUCAUGAACUUCUCAAGGCCUCUUCGGAACGGCUCCACAUCAUCUUGGAUGAGACAACUUGGAGUGCCAGCUACCAGCAGGCUCGCCUCUUGCAGGAGGGCCAGGAUCGCAUCAUCGGUGGCGCCUGGGAUCCACAUGGAGGCGAGGAUUGGUCGUGUCUAACACCCGAGGAUCAUCCUCUGAACCUGUUGCCCAAGGACCGCCUGGCUAAGACCGCCUUGCACUUCGUGGCUCACAGAACAGACAACGUUCGGUAUGUGUUUGAGGUCGCUUGCAUGCCAACCGCCACGGUGAUCGGUUGUUCGAAGACGAUGCUGCAACUGCUCGGGCAGGUCUGCGAGCAGUACAGGGCAGGGUCGGGAGGUUUGGCUCCUGCGGGCGUGGCUUUCGACGGUUGCACUGCGAAUGCCCGCAUCAACAGCUUGUUCAUCGGUCUCUUGCCGAAGUCGGAGUGGGAGGCUCUCCCUUUCUUCUCCGGCUGCCAUGUGGAGUACUUGACCAAGCUCCGGUAUUGGCCUUACGGCCAGCUUCGGCAUGGAUCGGAGCUGAUGUGCUCCUUCCAUGGUGCCUGGCACUUGCAAAAGCGCUUUGCACUUCAGGUGCUGAGUGGAGCACGCAAAGCUCGCUUCGCCGAUGUCUGGGUCGACCUCGCAUCACAGCUCCAGGCAAAGCUACCUAUCCGGGCCUUUGUGGUACAAGAUCAUCAAAGCGACCGCGACUCCAUCUCGCGGAUGUCGCCGCCCUUCUUGACGAGGACCUGGUCGGCACUGGGGCAGCACUUCCAUGCUCUGAUCGCCGCCCUCAUGAUGAGUGGAGCGACGGCUUCGAGAGGGUUCUCCAAGCUGCAGCAUGCAUCGAACUCAUUCUCGGCAUUUUACCUGUUGUGCUUGCAUGUGGUGUACAACAACCACAAGAAGAGGGACAAGAGCCAGAGCAUCCACCAGACAACGGUUCGCAAUGCAGGUGCACUCUGUGCCAACAUCAUCACCUCCACCAUGACUUCUUUGGAGCCGAAGCUAGUCCAGGAACGGCCUGUUGAGGAACAUUUCUCCCGGGUCAAGGCUCCGUACAGGGGCCAGCCGACACUUCGUGACGGUCUUUUCGGGCUCGCCCGCCUCAACGGUCGUCAAGCCAAGCAGCUGGAAAAGGAGACAGCGGAUUCCUUGUCGGCUGCCCAGACGGUUCAGUGCCGGGAGCCACUCACGGAGGAGAAUCGCCAAACCGAUCUGCUAGCCAAGAUUGCGAACAAGUCCCUGGCGUCCGCCAUCCAGUACUUCUGCAUGCACUGUGUCGACGAGACUCCCGACGAGCUCAGCUUCAAGUUCUUUCAUUGGUGGAAGAACAGCAGUGAGAGUUACUUCCGCGCUUCGGUAGCCGUGGAGGCCGACGACGACGAGCAUCCGCCCGAGGCCGAGGUUCAGGAGGCGGGUGAUGAUGCUGUGCAGCUGCACCACCUCCAGCUUCUGGAAGCCGUGCAGGACAGAGCUGUGGUGAUGGAGGAGCUCCAGAGAGGUCCCGAUGAGGAAGCUGUUGACGCUGCCGCUCCAGAGCUCGAGGAGGUUCCGGAUCCAGAGGAGUUGGUGCCUCGCGACGAGGACGGCGAGGAAGGCAGCCACCAGCCCAUGACCUUGCAGGACAUUGUGCGGAAGGCCAUGGCGAAGCCUGCAUUCUCCAAGUACAUCGUCGGCGAAGAGGGCGGCCAAGGAUCUUACCCAGCUCUGCAACGUGCACGGCUCGUGAUGGGGCCUGCCCGUGAGUUCAUUCGCCUGGUGCGGCUCGAAGAGGGUGUCUUGUCUCAGGCACUGCUAGAGAACCGCCGGACCAACCUCAACCUUUUCAACCUUCGCGAGGCGGAGCUCGCGGCAGCCCGGAGGGCAGCCUCCGUUUGUGCGCAGCGGACAAGCAGGGCAGCAGCUUGGCAGAAGGCGACGGAGAAGUUCGUGGCAGGCUUCCUGGAGAAGCCUGGAGCUGAUGCGGGCCUGCAGGCUGUGCAAGCCUUCCGACAUUUGAGCGAUGAGAAUCCUCAGAUCGUGGUGUACCAGCGCAAGGGAAUCGAUGCAGCUCCAGGAUUGGGCGUGGUGCUCACCGUGUUUCGAGGCUCCUUGACAAAGCAAGGAGACAAGCUCGUGGUCAGGACGAGCAAGCCGGCAGCCACUGACCUUCCAGUGUCGAGCACCCGCAGAGUGCAUCUGGCCGUGCUUUCUGAGGGUGACCGAGAGUUGUGUUUUCAUACCUCUUGCAUCUCCGAAGUGCUCCUGCUCGACCCCGUGAACACCAUCUAUGCCGAGGUUCGUGCCAAGUGCCAGGCAAGCCAGACCCGUCUUCAUGUGCAGCUCGAUGCAUCCACGGCCAAUGACAGCAAGAGAAUGGGCAAGAAGGUCCUUCCACAGGUGACCGGAGACGAGCUGCCAGAGACGGAGACCGCAGCUCAGCCCGCUUCCGCAGCUGCUGAUGUGACAGUGGUCUUCAACGACCGAUCCUUCAUGAGAGCGGAGCUCGAGCAGGCAUGCAUCAAGUUCAUGAAAGGCCUCCUUGAGAUGUACACCUCUGCCGGGCAAAGCUGGGUCGUCGAGGGCUACGUCACUCUCUCCAAAGGGAAAAACCUCAAGCAGAAGUGGGAUGUCCUUUUGGCCUCCGUGCCGAGCUACUUCCUAAGCCUCUUCUCCAAGCAAAAAGGAUACGCCUUCAGCAAGUCCGUGUAUGCAAAGCUUUCCGAGCUGGUUCCGAAGGAAGGUGGUGCCGCCACCUCCAAGGGUCUCGUGAUCAAGUUUCUGGUUGGCGUUCACUCGUCCACCAAGCCAGCGGUGGUGAUGCCGGUGUUCUCGACCAGGAUGACGAAUGCAUGGCAGCGGGAGGACAACUGGGCCGUCGAUCUCAGCUUCGACUUCCAGGAUUUCAUCACCGAGGCGGACAAAAAGGAGUACAACAUCUCCAUGGAAGACCUUGGCAUUGACGAGCUGAAGCGGCUGAAGUCCGCUGCAGAGACAGAGCUCCAGUCUCGCGAAGGCACUGACGAGAGCAGCGAGGCGGUGCUGGGUGCGUCCGGGCAGUCAAACGCAUCGGCAAAGGCCUGCGGCUUCCAGCACUACACCGGGAAUCGACAUACAGAGCUUUGCUUCUGCCAGCUCGCCGGAAACCCCGGCUGCUCCGACCAGCGAUGUGCUUGUCCGCAGGGGUGCGGCUCGCAUGUCACGUGGAGAAGUGCCACCACAGUCACUUUCAAGAACCGGGCGCGAGCCCACGGAUGCCACCCAUCCACUGUUCUGCUGACUGUUCCGAAGGCGUACUAUGCAACGCCUGCAGAUCUCAAGCAAUGCGGUGACGAAGCCAUAGAUGCAACUUCCUGCUUUGCUUGCGGAGCAGAGAAAGUCAGCGAAGUGCUCUAG